AUGACAACUCUUCGAGCACUUCGGAUGGCCAGCAGAUCCCGCUGCCAAGCCUGGGGAGCAGCAGUUGAUCAGAGAAGAGGUCUCAGACUGGCUGGGCCUUCGUGGUCCAGGCGCUGUGCAAGCGUUCCGCCCACAGAGGACUGGCGAACAGUGCCGAACGCGCUCACAGCUUUGCGGCUGGUGGCGGUGCCGGGCAUCUUUGCCACCUGGUAUUUUGAGCUCCACGGUGCAACCGCUGCCCUUUUCGGCGCGGCCGCUGUAACAGACUGGUUCGAUGGUUUCCUGGCACGACGGUGGAACCAAAAGACCGCUUUGGGGGCCCUCCUUGAUCCUCUCGCGGACAAGCUCCUGGUCUCCUCCACCUUGAUCAUCCUUGUGGAGCACACGGCAAGCCCUGUUGUCUCGCUGCCCGCGGCGGCGAUCCUGGCACGUGAGCUCGGAGUUUCGACUCUUCGGGAAUGGACCCAAGUGCACCGGCCCGAGGCUGCCAGCAGCGUUUCAGUUGCCUGGCAUGGCAAGGCAAAGGCAGCAGCGCAGCUGCUCGCGCUUCAAGGUUUGCUUGCUGGCAUCGCUUUGAGAGGUGACGUCGAAACUACGACGGAGGUUGAUGGUGAGUCUCAGGCAUGGGGCCCUUCAGUCUACAAAGGCGCUUGUGAGCUACACCUCCGGUGUGGAGAGCAGCUCGCAGCCGUGCAGAAUGCCCAAAACACGCACAGGCAGCUUUGCGAUUCAGAUCUGCGCUGUCAGAAGUUCUACGUAGGCCUCCGAGGCAUCAGCUUGAGGUUCGAGUGGAGGCAGCUGCCGGUCUUCCCACGGAUGCAGUCCCUCGAUGCACAAGUCACCGGCACAAAGUUGAUGAGGUGCUUUCACUACGGCUUGGGGCCACCCGAAGACAAGCUCCCUUACAGCGGCCUGUUUCAAUCGCGAUCUGCCCUGCCAUUGGCCUGUCCAACUGUACGAGAGAUCAGUGGCUACAGUGAGCCUCUUCGCCUCGACGUCAUGCGACCGAUGUCCACAGCACAGGUUGUUCUGCGGGCGGAGGAGCACCGCUACACCGUGCCCCUCGCAGGUUGUCCUGACGGGGCAAUCCAGUUCUCGGUGAAGCCUUCCUUUGCCAAAGUUGCAGAGCGAGGUCGGGGGACCGAUGCCUACAGCGCUCCCUCCUUACCAGGAUUCAAGGACGCAGCUGCCUCCGCGAAGGAAUAUCUCGAGAGACACCAUCUCCUUCAGUACAUGCAGUCGCUGCUUCACGCAGUGAUUCAGGCAAAACCCAAGGAUCCUGUCGCCUACAUGAUGAGUCUAAUGAAGACUUCGCAUCGCUCCGACCGCUCCGACCGCUCCGAGAGCCGGAGGUCAUCUGAAGAGGUUCCAGAAGCUCGCAGUGAUCCAGGACCAAGUGUUGCUGGCAAGGAGAUCCUACUGGGACAAACUGCUUCCGAUCCAGGCAUUGGGCCCGAGGCGCUGGAAGCCACCGAAGCUGAACCCUGCGCACCCCCGCAGGAUGCAGACCAACACGCCUCAGCGCGCAAAGAGGAUUUUGUUUUCGACUCCAGCAUUCCCACGCCCACCCUCAAGCCACAGCACCUCGACAUCGAGGAUUCGCCUGCCUCUGCAAGACGGAAAGAGCUUGCCCUGACACGUGCGGCACUCGAUCCACAGAGGUUGAAAGAAAUACGGACGAGCCUGCAACGACAGCUGCAGAGCACUAUCUCGGAAGGGAAACUGGAGACGUCUGUUCAGAAGGCACUGGAGUUGAUGACAGACCCAUCAUUCGAAGCAGAGGAGCACUUGAGGAAUGAACUCAUAAUUCUCCUUUCGGAGAGGAAGGAGCUGAUGUCCCGCACACACAGGCUGACGGAGGAGCUGCAUCAGCUGAGGCAGUUGAACCAGGAUCUCCACCUCAAGCUAUCAAAGAGUAGCGACUAUGGGUAG